AAAUUCAAAUACUUUCAAAAACGCACGUUAACUGAUUCUGUAUAUAAAGCCAGCCAAAAUCUGAUGGGAACAGAGUUCCACAGCCUUCUGGACAGAUGCUCCUAGGCAUUAUGAAGACUUUUAUCGUUUUCCUCGUGGGAUGCGUCUCCCUCAUAAACGGGGGUGAAUACCUUAACCGUUUCACCCAACAGUAUAACAAAAUACACGAUGCAGCAAACGGAUAUUUCUCCCCAAAAGGAAUUCCCUACCACGCGGUCGAAACUCUAAUAGUAGAAGCACCUGACUAUGGCCACCAAACUACAUCUGAAGCCUACAGUUAUUGGCUCUGGUUGGAAGCCAUGUACGGUGCGGUCAACGGUGAUUUUUCAAAAUUCACCGCAGCCUGGCAGAAUAUGGAAACCUAUAUGAUCCCAAACCAUGCAUCUCAGCCAACUAACAACUACUACAACCCCGGUAAACCCGCCACCUUCGCUCCCGAAGGAGAUUACCCCAAUCAAUACCCUUCGCAAAUGCAGUUCAACGUACCUGUCGGUCAGGAUCCAAUCUACCAGGAGCUUGUAAACACAUAUGGUACCAGUGACGUCUACCUCAUGAACUGGUUGUUAGAUGUCGACAACAAAUAUGGUUUCGGAAACCAACCAGGGCAGUGCCAACUUGGACCAUCAGUAGAAGGACCUUCUUUCAUGAACAGUUUCCAAAGAGGUCCCCAAGAAAGUGUGUGGAGAACCAUCCCCCAAACUACUUGUGACAAUUUCAGAUUCGGAGGUCAGAACGGUUUCUUGGACUUAUUCGUAGGAGACAGUCACUACGAACAGCAAUGGAAAUACACUAUCGCCUCUGAUGCAGAGGCUCGUGCUAUUCAAGCAGCUUUCUGGGCUUUGCAAUGGGCAAAAGAUAAGAACCAACAGUGGGCUGUUUCAGACACCAUAUCCAAGGCUAGUAAAAUGGGAGAUUUCUUGCGUUACGCCUUCUUCGAUAAAUACUUCAAAAAGAUUGGAAACUGCAUUGGAACUUAUGCCUGCCCUGGAGGAUAUGGCAAAGACAGUGCUCAUUAUUUGCUCUCUUGGUACAUGGCAUGGGGAGGCUCCCUCUACGGAAACUGGGCCUGGAGAAUUUCAGAUUUCUAUGCCCACUUUGGUUACCAAAACCCAAUGACGGCUUAUGUCAUGUCUAAGGUUGAUGAAUUCAAACCAAAAAGCCCUACUGGUGUUUCUGACUGGGAAAUGUCUCUCGAAAGGCAGAUAGAAUUCUACGAAUACCUGCAAUCUAAAGAAGGAGCUUUCGCCGGUGGUGCCACAAACUCUUAUGAAGGACGUUACGAAACUCCACCCGCUAACCUAAUGAACAAUACUUUCCACGGUAUGUGGUAUGAAUGGGAGCCGGUUUACCACAACCCACCCUCCAACAGAUGGUUCGGUAUGCAAGCUUGGUCUACUGACCGAUUGGCCCAGUACUACUACGUCAGUGGAGAUGAAAAGGUGAGACCUCUUCUGGACAAAUGGGUUAACUGGGUUCUCCCAGAAAUUUCUUACGACGCUAACAGCUACAAGAUUCCCGAAUGGCUUGACUGGUCUGGCGUUCCACCAGCAGUUGACGUGUCCAUUGAAAAAUACGGUACUGAUAUCGGUUCUGCUUCUGCACUGGCUAGGACUCUCUCUUAUUACGCCGCCAAGACCGGAGACCAGAAAGUAAAGGCUGUCGCUAAGGGUUUAUUGGAUGGUAUCUGGAAUAAUCAUCAAACCACCAAAGGAGUUGCUAUGGAAGAGGUUAUGGACGCUUAUUCUCAAUUCAACGAAGAGGUUUAUGUACCCCCAGGUUGGGUAGGCCACUACCCUGAUGGAACCGAAAUCAAGGCCCCCACUACCUUCAUUGGUAUCCGUCCAUGGUACAAGAAUGACCCCGAUUGGCCCAAAGUUGAAGCUUAUCUCAAUGGCGGUCCUGCUCCAAAAUUCACUUACCAUCGUUUCUGGCAACAGUGUGAUAUCGCUAUUGCCCAGGGAACUUACGGACUCUUAUUCAAUGAAUAAUGUAUCUGAUGUUUUAUAAUUUUCACGAUAUAAUAAAUGAUGGCAAGUAAUAUU